AAUAGAAAGAAAGAAAGAGAUUAAGUAAAGGAGACAGACAUACACUGAGAAAGCGCUCUAACAUGUCACAUGUGAGUCUGCAGCCGUGUUGCCACAGAGAGGCUCUAUUUUUAGGGGAGGAAUGUACACAGAGGCCUCGUGGAAAGAGACCAUAACAACAAACAGUACGCAACACGCUCCUACAAAGAGACAGCCCCCUUUGGAACAUAUAGUCACACAGCAUCAACAGAAGAGAAAAGAGGAAGAAAGUACAGGAAAAUGUCAAGACAUCAGAUUUCUGCUGAGAUCUGAGAGCUUUGAAUACAGAGAGGGACCCAAGAAAACAUAUAAAGAGAGAGAAGAGGAACAGUGGAAGAGGAAAAAGCUGCAGUCACAUUCAUCCAGUUUAAAAGCCAAAAUGAAAACAAAAACAUUUUUGAGGCUCCACAUAAAACACCAUCACACAACAGAAGCACCACUUGUUCCAUGGCAAUGAAUGACAAUACCAUAGCAGAAAUUGUUGUGCAGUUUUUUUCUGCAGUAAUCUUCUUAGACAACUAGUCUCCAAACUAAUCAGACAGGCGUACGAGUGUAGCAGUGCUAAAAUAGGCCCAUGUGCUGAAAGGCAAUCUUCUAAAGCCAUAUUACAAAGUUACUGUUAUAGUUAUGAGUUGAACAGGUUUCAAAUUACUUGUGUAGCUGUAAACUAGACAUUUAGGCUGUGAUUUUGGGAAAAGCUUAAUAAGAAUAUUUGCCAGUUAAAUUUCGCAUACAUGACAUAGGACUAUAUUGAAUCUAAUUCCUCUAGCCUGGCUGUGUGAUAAUGUGUUUAAAUUUCUGUUUGUUUCACUACCCAUGAUCCUUUAUGAUUUUGAUCAGUAUGGAUGAUUAUCAAAAUGCCUAUUCAAAAAUACCUUAUGAAUUAUACUUGUAUUGAAUACAGAAUACCUUUUCUCAAAACCUUCCUCUCUAAAAUCUAAACUAAAAUAAAAUCUAAUCCAGUUUUGGGAAAGUGGAUCCCACAUUAAAGUAGAGAUACUAAUCAUUAUUUUACAGCAAGCCCUCAAAUGGCUACUAAGUGAGCAACCACAUAGCUAAAAUGCUUGAAUUAGAAAUUUUAUUUAAAAGUAUGUGACUGCGUAUACAAAAAAACCCAACAAAUUAAAACAAGUCAUGAAAAUCAAAUAAUUUGACAAUAGCACCAUGGUGUCUCUCCUCAGCAUGGACCAACCAGCAGUCAAGGUCUUCCACUACAAAGACAAGGAGCAGUCCUCCAACCUGCUCCUGCAGCUCAACAGACUGAGGCAGGAGAACAUCCUGACUGAUGUGUCACUGUGUUCAGAUAACACCGAGAUACCACUCCCAUGCCAUCGUAAUGUCCUGGUCUCCAGCAGCCCCUACUUCAGAGCCAUGUUCUGCAACAACUUCUUGGAGAGGCAGCAGACCAAGAUUAACUUGAAGGGCAUUACAUCAGCCAUUCUGAGCAGUAUCAUUGACUAUGUUUACACAGGACUCAUUAGUAUCAGCAUGGAUAUUGUGCUGCCUCUGAUGCAGGCGGCAUCCAUGUUGCAAUAUGGCCGCCUUUUUGAGGCCUGCUCGAGCUUCCUUCAGGAGCAACUGAGCCCUGACAACUGUUUGAGCAUGAUAAGACUCUCUGAGAUCAUGAAUUGUAACAGUUUGAGAGACAAAGCAAAGGAGAUGGCCAGGAAGAGCUUCUCCGAUGUGUCAGCGUCUGAGGAUCUUUGUGAGCUCUCCUUACCAGAGCUCAUGGGAUACCUGGAGGAUGAUAGCCUUUGUGCGGAGGAGGAGCAGGUGUUUGAAACACUUGUUGCUUGGAUCCACCACGAUCCUUUAUCUAGGUGUGGUGCCAUCAGUGACCUUUUCAAGAAAGUUCGCCUUCGCCACAUCCAUCCCACCUACCUCUUCCAAUUCAUAGCCAACGACCCUCUGAUCCAGUCCUCCACUCUCUGCACCGAGCUCAUAGAAUCUGUGAGACGCCUGAUGUUUUCUGUCAGCACAAAAUGCACUGGAGAGACAGCAGUUGACUUCAAACCUCUCUGGGUGGCACCGAGGCGAUACUCCUACCAUGACAUGUUGGUGGUGGUAGGAGGGAGGAAGAACAACGAGCAGACCUCGAGGGAGGCCCUCGUCUUUGAUGAGAAGAGCGAGAAGUGGCAGUGGCUCGCCAAGCUGCCCAUUCGUCUGUAUAAAGCCUCCUAUGUCGCCCUUCACAGUGUCUUGUAUGUUAUCGGAGGCCUGACCACAAACACAAAGUACAGCCAAGUCAGUACGACCGUCUACACCCUCUCCCUCAAGACCAACCAGUGGCGGACGGCAGAGCCCAUGCUGGAGCCGCGUUUUGCCCACCAGAGUGUCUCCUACCUCCACUUCAUCUUUGUCCUGGGUGGCCUUGGGCCUGACAGACGACUGACAGACAGUGUGGAGAGGUACAACAGUAUGUUCAACCAAUGGGAGUCUAUGGUGCCCAUGCCUGAAGCUGUGUUGCACCCUGCGGUGGCUGCUACUAACCAGAGGAUCUAUGUGUUUGGAGGAGAGGAUGCCAUGCAGAACCCAGUCAGAAUAACACAGGUGUAUCACAUUGCCAGGAACAUGUGGUCUAAGAUGGAGAACAGAACAGUGAAGAAUGUGUAUGCUCCUGCUGCUGUUUUGGAUGACAAAAUCUAUAUCAUUGGAGGAUACACCAGGAGAAUGAUCGCAUACGACACCAAGGCAAACCGGUUCAUCAAGUGUGCCAACCUGAAGGAGAGGAGGAUGCACCACGCUGCCACCAUUCUCAACAACAAACUCUACGUCACCGGCGGACGUUACGUCAACGGCCACGACAUCAUCGAGGACUCGGACAAUUUCGAGUGCUAUGACCCAAAGACAGACACUUGGACAUCAAAGGGGACUCUGCCGUAUAAACUGUUUGACCAUGGCUGCCUGACUCUGACGUAUGUCUCACAGACAUGGGCAAAAUCAUAGCUGAGGUCUGAUUCAUAUUUUAAUGCUAUUCGUUUGAAACCAAUAUAUUUAAAAUAUAACGACUGUCAAGCAGGGAAAAAAAUGACUAUUUGUAAAUACAGUGCUUUCAUUUUGUAGCAGAUCUCCACUAUUCACACUUUCAUGAGUGAUGGACUUAUUUAAAAGUCCCUGAUACAUAGAAUCAUGCAUACCUCAAUAAUUCAAAUAUUCAAGUAUAUAUGUGUAUAUAUAUAUAUAUAUAUAUAUAUAUAUAUAUAUAUAUAUAUAUAUAUGAAUUUUUUGAUAACUGAAAAUGUUCCUUUCAAUAUUCCAUGUCUUUUCUGUGUUUUUAUUUGUCAACCAAACCCAUGAAUACAAUCUAUCCUGCUGCACAGCCCCUUCUUAACCUGUCUGACUUCACAAAGGGUGAAAGCGCUAUUUUCGGCCUGCUCUAAAUCAUGAGAUUUCACUUGUCAUGUUUAAAUCCCGGGGCUGUGUACUGUUUGGUGCAAGUCAAAGCUAUGCUCAGCUGUUAGGUCUGAACCUGCUGCUGUGUCUGGUGAACCUUUGGAUCACUGUCUGUAGCUUCAAUGCAAAAUGAUGAUAAAAUUACUGUGAUAACAGAUAUUUUCAUGCAGUGGUGAAAUCAAAAUAAAAGCAUAGGAAUUUGUUUAAAAUGUAGCUUUAGACUGUAUUUAGACAAAAUACAACCAUUGGUAAUGUUUUUGGUUUUUGUAGUUUUUUCACUGCUUUGGACCUAUUACCCUUGUAUGAUAUAAUGCACAACAUAGUUCUGCAUCAUCAUAUACUGUAUGCUGAAAUAACAACUGACUUUGCUAAAAGAAUAGCCUCAAAUUCUGUAUUCCGUUAGAUUCAAUUUUACCUUUUUUAAAUGGUUUUCUGAUGUUUUUGUACUGCUUUUCUGGUUUUAACAAUUGAUUUUUACAAUAAAGAGUUGACACGUG